GAUUUGAUGUGAAAGAGUCGACGAUGAAUAAGGCUGCUACCUUCAUCGCCUUCAGAUCCAUCGUCAAAAGAUCCCUUACAACUCUGCCUGCGACGCGAUCAUCGCCAUACCGAAACCUUCAGCAAGCUCCACACCAGGGCCUCACUUCCACCGCGACUGCACAUGGUCGCAAGCUCCCGCGAAACCACUUUACCACCAACCGCACAUUGAAACAGCAGAAUCAAGAUGCUGCAGCAGAGAAAGAGAACAGGAAGCGAAAAGCCGGCCCGAAGCGGAAUACCAACAAUUCGCUUAGAAAGGUCGCCGUAGAGGCUCAGAGAAGCAGGAAGCUGAUCACGGGCACUGGGACGAAGCAAUGGGUGAAUCCAGAAAUCGAGACGAAAGAUGUAACUGCCUAUUGCGCAGCCGAGAAAUACAACCUCAGCCGAGCACGGUGGGAGCUGGAUCGAGAAGGCUAUAAAGCAGACCCGUUUGGAACCAACCUCUUUCCCCAGGUGCUGCAUGUUCAGACACCGAACUAUGUCAGCAAAGAAGGGAGCACGAGUGAAGAGAAAGCGCAAGGUGCAGGCGACGUCUUCGUCUUCCCAUCUGGCUGCGUAGUGGCAUGGAACGUGCCAGAUCGGCUGGCGCACAACAUCGUCGAACGCUUUCUGCCUCCUGCUGCUGCCGAUACAGGACAUUUGGAUCGGAUGGAAGUGGAAGACCUGGAAUAUAUCGAAGAUGAGACGAAAGAGUCAAGUCGUAUCGUCGGCGACACCAUCAUCUUGGGCACAAAAGCGACCGAGCCCGAGAACUCGUCAUCAGAUGGCGAGAAUCAACGAACGCCAGAGGUCGACACUGUCCUGGCCAAGAUUGCCUUCUCAUCUGCUUUGGCAAGAAGCACUAAGCUUGCCGUGCUCGAAAAUAGCCUCUCGCAUUACUUCAGCACCACAAUGGCCAUCCCGCAAACCCUGUCAACAGGGAAGCCGCUCAAAUAUACACGCUCUCAAAUUUUGCGGAAGACAGGCGAGCUGCUCUUGAUCCGAGCUCAACUCAACCUCUACUCUGAGCUCACGGAUAGCUUACCUGAUCUCUUCUGGGAUUCUCCUCAUGAGCUCGGCUUAGAGGGUUACUACGAAAUGGUCGGCAAGGCACUGGACGUUGGCGUGAGAAUCAAGGUUUUGAAUGAGAAAAUGGACUAUGCUGGUGAAAUCGCCACUGUCUUGAGAGAGAGGUUGUCUGAGAAGCACGGUACCAUGCUCGAGUGGAUGAUCAUCGGUCUCAUCUGCAUUGAGGUCGCGUUUGGUAUCAUUCACCUGUGGCGAGAAAGCGAUGCUAUUGCCGAGAAGGAAGAGGAUAAGAGAACAAGGGAGUUGCUCGAAGUUUGGCUCGAAAGGGAGUUGAGGAAGCAGCAAUGAGAUCUAUGCUGAGCUGAACGACGAGCGCGUUACUCAGCCGACGGCGAAUAUGGAGAUGAGCUGCUUGUAGAUAAGUUCUGGAGAAGUGCUCCUGCUUCAAGAGAAGAGCUUGGAAAAGACGAUCGCUUCUCUGAGCCGUCUUUUAGACUUUCCAAGAAACACCCACAGCUACAGAGUGUUGAAACACAUCUGAAUCGACUCACUGCAUGCUAUUAGGGAUGAGGAUGGUUUCCGUGAUUGGAGGAGACGCGUAGGUAAUUGUUUCGACUGCGAUCAGAGGGUCUUUGAGAAGCAGUUUCGAGCAAGUACUUUAUCGAAUCACCAGGGCUCAGGUGGCAGGGAGCGAAGUCAAAUUUCACCGGGAGGACUCCUCGCAGUUCUAUGCUCGCAGAGGAGAUGCUGAAUGGGGAGUACUGAAUGGUGACGAGAUGGACACGGAAGGUCCUGCUCUCCCUUUCAACCUUGCACAUGACAUCCAUC